GGAAGUUAGACGCUUACCGGAAAGACGCAACGGACACACAAAACAUGCGGGGCCCACGGACAACAGUUGAGCGGCUCGACCAGCCGAGCGCCUACUUCCUCAAUAGGAACAAACGGCGACGUAGCGACAAGGACCGGCGCGAUGGGGACGAAGACACUAACAUGCAGGCUGAACAACCGGAGGAAGACCGUCUCAAGAAUGCGACCACCCUCUAUGUUGGCAAUCUAUCAUUCUACACCACAGAAGAGCAGGUAUACGAGCUCUUUUCCAAGUGCGGCGAGAUCAAGCGCCUCGUCAUGGGCCUUGAUCGCUUCAACAAGACGCCGUGCGGAUUCUGCUUUGUCGAGUACUACACCCACCAGGACGCGCUCGACUGCAUGAAGUAUAUCGGGGGUACGAAGCUUGACGAGCGCAUCAUCCGGACCGAUCUAGAUCCAGGUUUCGAAGAGGGCCGGCAGUAUGGCCGUGGCAAAUCAGGGGGGCAGGUGCGUGAUGAAUACCGCGAAGACUACGACGAGGGCCGUGGCGGGCUUGGCCGAGCACUCCAACAGGCGGAGAAGUUGAGUCGGGAAGGGAGAGAUUACGACGACGACUACGGACGGCUGCGGUAGAUCGACCAGGAGCUGGCGCGGGAAGUGCAUGAUUUGACUGUUUCUUUGCGGAAAAGAUAGGUAAUACCCCAGGAAAACAACCUUUGCAUCGCUCUAUCGUCUGUGUGUGAAAUCUACCUAGCCGAUACUAAGAUGCCAUAAUGAACGCCAUUUGUUCCGUUUCGUAUGGUACACAAAAUACAGGACAGAAGGAUGUCGGUUGCCUCGUUCAGUAUCCGGGAGGGUUGACCCUCUGGGACACACGCGUCCACUUGGGAAGUUUAUGGAUGCCCUUGCGAUACCUCUUUUCUUUC